AUGGCGCCAUCUUCUAUCGCCAUCCUGGGUGGUGGUCUCACUGGCCUUUCCGCCGCUUUUCACCUUUCACGUCGGUUUCCAGCAGCUCAGAUCACUCUGCUGAACAAGGACAUCCACUUUGGCGGAUGGGUUCGUUCUAGGCGCGCUAGAAUCACCCUUAAAGACGGUCGCGAGACCAGCGUGCUUUUGGAGGCUGGCCCGCGCACUCUUAGACCAAAUUCAAAGAGUGUUCUCGAAUUGAUUAACCUUCUGGACCUAUCGCCGUCUCUUUUAACUGUCCCGAAAUCAUCACCAGCUGCUCGGAAUCGCUUUUUGCAUCUACCUGGCACAAAGGGCCUUCUGUGCAUUCCUUCAUCUCCGCUCAGCAUUCUUACUUCCGGGCUCUCACCUAAGUCUUCUUCUUUGCAUUCUCCCCUUGGCCAUAUCCUUCUUUCAGCUGUCGCACGAGAGCCAUUUCGCCCAUGGAACAGACCCCUAAUGAUCGAGGACGAAUCGGUCGACGAAUUCUUGAGUAGGCGUUUCGGGAGCGAAUUUGCAAGGAUUUUCGGAAGUGCACUCGUGCACGGUAUUUAUGCAGCGGACUCUCGAGAAUUGAGCGUCCGCACAGCGUUCCCAUCGCUUUGGGAUGCCGAGGAACGCGGUCGUGGCUCUUUGGUAACUGGGUUUCUUCGGCCGUCCAGAGCUUCAGCGACAGCAGAGGUCAAUGACCUCCCAUAUCAGCUAGGGAACGUAGAUGAGCAGAUGCGUGGAGUAUCUGUGUAUUCGUUCUCGCAAGGUAUCGGUGUGUUGGUAGAUGCACUCUUGCGAGAGUUGAGAACGCGCCGGAACGUGCGCCUACUUAGCGGGGUGUCAGCGACGGGACUACGGAUGAAUCCGAGAACUGCACAAUUCGAAAUAACGACCUCGUCUUGCGAGACGCUGCGCGCAACACACACUGUCUCAGCUGUGCCUCUCCCGAGCUUGAAAGGGCUCAUCUCACCCAAGACGCCAUUGCCACACCUGACUGCAAAUCCUUAUUCGUCGGUGACGGUCGUAAACCUCGUGUUCCUGGCGUCUCCGGGACAUGUACUGCAUCCUGUGGGAUUCGGGUACCUCGUGCCCCGAGCAUCGUCUAGACAUGCAGAAAACGCGAUUCUGGGGUGCGUUUUCGACUCCUCGUCAAUGUCGACACAAGAAGCGCCGUGGAGCGCGGAUAUUGUGAAAAUGACUGCGAUGCUCCGCGAGCCUGUGGCUUCAAUUCCUCGCCUUGUAGAUAUGCUCUCUGAGCAGUUAGGUGUGCGUCUGCCCGAUCCGCUCAUUGUGAGGGUGCAUGACAACGCACAUUGCAUCCCCCUGCUGCGUGUGGGGCAUCUCCAGCGGAUGCAGGAGUUGAGCGAGGUGCUUCGGGGAGAACCGUGGAGCAGUAAGCUAGAGGUGAUCGGCGCCGGCGUGGGGGGCGUGAGCGUUGGUGAUUGCGUCGAGGCUGGGAGGCGGGCGGGUAGGAGUUGGGCAUAGGGUUCAUUCAUCGCCCUUUGGACUGCAAUAAUUGCUGUAUGACUUCUACAUCAGGAGUGCGAGCUGGACGUUGAA